ACCGCAGUCGUACUUUUCCGUUGCCCAUACACGCUUUACGCCAUCUUGAAAUUGCAGCCGCUAUUUGCAAAGACGCUCUUAAAAAGCACAACUAUCUGUUUUACCCAUACUGCCGCCACGGUGCUUAAUAUGCACGGUUCUCGGAACAAAGCGGCAUCAACACUCGGGAAAGGACACACGGACGCGGACACUGGCACGGAAUCGAACCGCAGGGACCGAAAAGCUGUUGGAGGGAUGUUAAAGAAGCUCAAGUCGAGGCGCAGUCAAACGGAUAAGUGGCCCGUGGUUACAGAGGAUGAACUUCGGGCGCUCGGUGGAGAUAUUUCUUCGGACCACGUCCUCGGACUCCGUGCUGUCACCGAGGACUAUCUUUGCAAACCCGAAGAUAAUAUCUACAACAUCGACUUCACCCGUUUCAAGAUCAGAGAUCUUGAGACUGGCACAGUACUGUUUGAGAUCGCCAAACCGCCCAACAGUGGUCCUGUCGAGGCUGAAGAGGGAAGCGGAGAUGUUGACGUCAGUGCUGGGCGCUUUGUGCGCUAUCAGUUUACACCAGCGUUCCUGAAACUACAGACUGUAGGUGCCACCGUGGAGUUCACCGUCGGCGAUCGGCCCAUCAACAAUUUCCGCAUGAUCGAGAGGCAUUAUUUUCAGGGACGCCUCCUCAAGAACUUUGACUUUGACUUCGGCUUUUGCAUUCCUAAUAGCCGUAACACAUGCGAACACAUUUACGAGUUCCCACAACUUCCAGACGACCUCAUUCGCCAAAUGGUGGAGCACCCUUAUGAGACCAGAUCGGACAGUUUCUACUUUGUGGACAACAAGCUCAUCAUGCACAACAAGGCAGAUUAUGCCUAUAAUGGUGGUCAGUAAGACCUCAGAGGACAACUGCAAUAAACCCAAGAGAAGGGAUUUGUUUUGUACCAAUCUUAUUAGAAUUAGUCCCCACCCCACCCCACCCCACCCCUUCAUCAACAGAAUCAACAUCGAUGCUUUCUUGAAUCUGUUAAGAACCUUAUGGGGAUUUGUGACACACAGGAAAAUUCAGUUUGGCACAUAGGUUCAAUGUAUGCUGUGUGCACUGUUUGACUUUAGCGAGUUAGUCGUGUCUCUGCUGGAAAGGGACAAUCACAGACCUUGAGUCAUAAAGGUUAUCCCACAACUUGAUAGUUUCAUCGUGUUCUCUCAAAGUCAAGUCAAGUUUAUUUGUAUAGCCCUAAAUCACAAGAAAGUCUCAAAGGGCUUCACAUGCACAAAAAAUUGACAAUUAAUGACUCAAGUUACAUUUUCUCAUCUGACAAUUGCUCCUCUUUAAGAAUAUGGAGCGCUGAGUAGACAUAUAGUAUUGUUUGUGAUAGGUCUUUUUCAUUCACUCUUAAACAUGGUAACAUUUUUAUAUUGAUGGGACUGUUGUUUGGAAUAUUUAAGGUGAAUGUUCUUGAUAUAACAUGCUUGGUUUAUUUAUAUCCUGUAGUAUAAACAACUUUAAGUUAAAAUAAAGUUCUUGACAUCAGGUGUCAUGUACAUCCUGGAAAAAAUUGUCAAACAGGAAUUCUUUGGUGUGCCUGAGACUCUCAUGCCUUUUUUUUUUAAUUCAUUCAUUACUAUUUGUACAAUUCUAAUUAUUUUCCCAUUUCAACCCCAAAAAUGAAAGACGGUGUCUACUUGGACGGCAGUACGAAUGCUCACACUGAAAAUAUUUAGUAUUUUUUCAAGUUAAAUAAGCAAAUGUCAGUUGUUCAAAAUAUGACUAGCAAAAUAUUUUGACUUUUUUUUUUUUUUUAUAAACAUUCAUUGAACAACUGUAUGUGCCUUUCAUCCCGAUGUUCAUUGUGAAAGAAAAGUAAUUUGUGAACGAGGCUACAGUGAGCUGUCUUCUGAUGGCAAUAUUUUUUUAAGAUCAUGUUGGAACUCUAUGGAGAAAGGAAAAUAAAUAAAAUGUUUCAUCAACUCAAUGAUCUAAAAUUGCGCAGCUGUAAUAAUCUGUCAAAGCAUUAUUUAUCUGUUGUAGUGUUU